AUGGUCCAAAGCAAAGUGUUUACUAGAUGCCAGCUAACACGUGAACUACUACGGAAUGGUUUCUCAAGGACAUUCCUCAGCAAUUGGGUUUGCUUAAUCGAACAGGAGAGUGAUAGAAAUACGUCAACAUUUCACGCAAAAUCUCCAAGAAGAAAAUACUAUGGGCUUUUUCAGAUAGGAAGUGAAUAUUGCAAGGAAGGUCGCAAAGGCGGCAAGUGUGACAUUUCAUGCGAAGCCCUACUCGAUGAAGAUAUAAGAGAUGACGGCUUAUGUGCUCAGAAAGUGUUUGAACUAGAAGGAUUCAAGUAUUGGUCACGUUGGGAGGCAAGAUGCAAAGGAAAAUCACUUCCUGACAUAGAAAAAUGUCCCGAUUGGCAGUAUCCAUCUAGUCGUGUAUCACCGCCAAGAGAUAAGCGUAUGCUGCGAGGUCGAAGGUCUGCAAUUAGAAGAAAACGGUUCAGUUCUCGGAUGAGCAGAAUGUUAAUUAGUAAUUAG